AUGCUUGGAGAGCACAAAGAUAAAGCACUAAAUAUACUCAGGAAAAAUGUGGAGGACAUCAACAAACUUGUCAUUCAUGCUUUAUUUGACACAACAAAAAAAGUCAAAACCCAGAGAGGAGACACAGACAUGUGGGCAAAGGAGUUUUCUAGUCUCCUCAGUGAUAAACUGACCCUUGAUGCCAUGUCUUGUCAAAACUUCAAGGACAUAAAAAUUUUUGACUUCCUUCAAGAAACGAUUGAGAAAGGCCUUGUGUCCAUCACAAAGACGAUAAGCCAGCUUUCGCUGGAUAAGAUGAAGGAAUUCAGACUGAGACCUGAUCAAAUCCUCAUCGAUCAGCUGUGUAACUGCUGCUGGGAAACCUGCCCGUUCUGUUCAGCUGUUUGUACCAACACUAUGGAAGAUCAUGUGAUUAAGGACAAAAGAAACCCAAAAGAUCACAGUCCUGAAGAUCACAGUGUCCCCUUUCAUCGAUCUCAAGCGAUCAAUGGUUGGCACUACAGAAACACUGAGAUAUUGUGUGUCGACUUUUGUACAACCCAAGUUGCAAGUGAAGGAAGUUUUUACCCUUGCCAUGACUCAAAUCAUACCAUUCCUUUUAAAAAAUACAGAACUGCUGGACCACCAUAUGAAAAUUGGAGCAUUACCCCUGAUGAGUCUAAGCUCAAGUAUUGGACAUGGUUUGUGUGUCAGUUUCAGGAGAAACUCGAAAACCACCAUGGUUUAAAAUUCACACAGCGUGGUGAGAUUCCCAGUGAAUGGAAAAUGCACGAAAAAAAAGAGGCUAUUCAAAGUCUGGAUGAAAUGUACAGUACAAACUGAACAGUUUCAGUUUUACACAUUUUUAGUUUGCUGAAAAUCACAAGAGCUGUUUUACCUUGAUUACUCACAAAUAAACUUUAAAACAUAAUGUUAGUGAUUUAAACAUUACAUGUGGGUGACAGAAUGGUAUAUAUAUUCCUGCUUUGGUCACAUAAAUGCUCACACGUGAGAGAAACAAUCAUUUUGAGAAUAUAAUGAGAAUUAAAACCAAAUAUAUUGUUGUGAACAUUAACGAAUAGUUUAUUGUUUUAUUUUUAAUGAGAAAUUACAAUAUUUUUCUUUUUUGUAGCUUCAUGAAACAUUUCUUUCGAUAAUGUGUUUAUGUGUGUGUUCUAUUCUAAUUUUAUUUAGGUGUAAGGUGUAACAAAUGAAUAUUUUAUCUUUCUGAUGUUUAUGUUUCUUUACGUUUCUGAUUUGACAUACGAACUUUAACUUCAUUUAAAUCAUCACAGCAUGUUUUAGCUUUUACUCAAAUCUGAGUUUAUUUUAACUAUUGAAUAUUUUUAAACAAUGUUGUUUCUAUUAUUUGUGGAAUUGUUAAUCAAUGACAAUAAAAAAGUGGAA